AUGGCUGCCUUACAACUCUUCUCAUUAUUCUUACUUUUCUUGAUCUUCUUCUUCCAUCCAACAAGGGCUUAUUCCAUCUGCCCUGCAUCAAACUGCUCCGGCGGACCUCCGGUUCGAUUCCCUUUCUGGCUUCGAAACCUCCAAUCCCCACGCUGUGGGUACAACAAUCCAGGGUUUGACCUCUCAUGCAGCAACGAAACCCCAAUCAUGACCACACUCACCCUCCCAGCAUCUUCCGACAACUUCAUAGUCCAACGCAUCGACUACGAGUUCCAAAAGCUUUACAUCAACGACCCCAACCACUGCCUCCCCAAACGGUUCCUAGACAACACCUUCAACCUCCACGGCACGCCGUUCCACUUCGGCAGAGUCCAGAACCUCACCUUCCUCAACUGCUCCUCACUGGGAGGAGCAAGCCACGCGACGUCGAUGCUCGAAGCCCCGAUUAUAUCCUGUCUCAGCACUGAGAAUCACAAGGUGUUGGCUGUUCCGUCGGGGGAGUACGAAAAUUGGCUUCGGUCAAUGUCGUCUUCGUCAGCUUCGCCGUCACCGUCACCGUCAGAGGUUUUGUGUCGGGUGAUUUCAAGUGUUAUGGUUCCGACUACAGCUACUUAUGAGAUGCCGGAUUUGUAUGGGCAUGUUGGGGAUGGUGUUGGGUUGACUUGGUCAACGGCUGACUGUCGUGAUUGUGAAGCCCGUGGUGGAGAUUGUGGGUUUAACAGAGAUGCUGAGCUGAGUGUGUGCUCGAUUAUUCCUAAGGCUAAGAGUGAAGGUCUUCCAAGAAGUGCAAAAUAUGGUAUAAUCAUAGGCGUGGGAAUACCUGGACUCUUGUGCAUCAUUGGACUCGCAAGUUGUGCCUUCGGCAGGAUAAAGGCUCACGCUCGUCGCCACCAGGCAAGCAUGGAUCUCUCCACCUUAGCUUCUCGGCAACCAACCUUCGUUACAAUAGGGCUUGAUGGCCCAACCAUUCAAUCGUACCCCAAGACUUUGCUUGGAGAGAGUAAGAGAUUGCCGAAGCCCAAUGACAACACGUGCUCAAUAUGUUUGAGUGAGUACGAGGCCAUGGAAGCAUUGAGGACUAUACCAGAGUGUAAUCAUUAUUUCCAUGCUAGUUGCAUAGACGAAUGGCUUAAAAUGAAUGCGACAUGUCCGGUUUGUAGGAAUUCACCAGAGGGCUCAUCUGUUGCUACCCAUUCUUCCUCAAUGUCGUCUUCAACUUUUUCUAUAGCAUCACCAUAGAAUUUGAUUGUCGUGUUAUUUUUUUCCAUAAUGUAGGUAUGGUUGUGAUUUGAUAUAUAUAUAUAUAUAUUUGGGCUUGCGAUAGCUGGAGACAAAUGAUUGUUUUGUACUACUACAAUAAUCAAACGAGGUUGUUUACUGGCU